AUGGCCAAACAGUGCUCAAAUUGGUAUCUCACAGUAAUUGUCUUCUCGGCAAUUCUGGCUUCUCAGGCUUCUGCAGAUACAGAUCCGCUUGAUGUUUCCGCAGUCGUAGCUCUUGAAGAUCUGUACAAUGCCCUGCACAACCCGCCACAGCUGAAGGGGUGGAGGUCCGCUGGUGGGGAUCCAUGUGUGGAAUCAUGGACUGGAGUUUCAUGUUAUGGAUCAUCUGUUAUACACCUCAAACUUCCCGGGCUAGGCCUCAGGGGGACUCUGGGAAGCGAGCUCCAGAAUCUUCAUAACUUGAAGCACCUGGACAUUUGCUGUAACAACAUUCAGGGCGAAAUUCCAUAUGGCUUACCCCCUAAUUCCACUAAUAUAAAUUUGGCAUUCAACGAGUUGACCCAAAAUAUACCCCAUUCAUUAUCACUCCUCAAGUAUCUUCGGCAUCUAAAUGUAAGCCACAAUUUAUUAGCUGGACCCAUUGGCAAUGUGUUCACAGGCUUGGAGAGUCUAAAAGUGAUGGAUCUGUCAUACAAUAACUUCACAGGAGAUCUGCCGAGUUCUUUUGGAUCUCUCACUAAUCUUACUGAACUGUUCUUACAUAACAACCAAUUCACUGGAUCAAUUAUCUACUUGGCUGAUCUUCCCUUAACUCACCUGAAUAUCCAAGGAAAUCAUUUUAGUGGAAUUAUUCCAAGCCAAUUUCAGUCAAUACCAUAUUUGUGGAUUGAUGGGAAUAGAUUCCAUACAGGAGCAAACUAUCCGCCAUGGAAUUUUCAUUGGGAUAAUGCAACCAUGGAACAAAAUUUCACUGGUCCCCAAACAACUCAGUCGAGUGCCAUUGAGAACUAUCCCUCUAGUCAGGCAGGUGGACGCAGGAAGAAAAGGAUGGGCCCUGGAGGAAUAGCUUGCAUGGUUGUUGGGGCAGUACUCCUAACAACCUGUGCCGCACUCAUUAUUGCAUUCCGCAUUAAACGCUAUCGUGCGCUAAAGCUUCAAAGUUUCGAAAGCAGCAAUAGCACAAUGCAUUCUCUUCCAAUCAGUACAGCCAGAGCUCCUGAAGAAAGCCCACAAAUCUUAGCUGUUGUUUCUCCGUUUAUUCUGGGCCAAAAACCUAUACCUCCUAAUCGCCAUAAUAGAAUUGAGAAAAUGUCUAGAAGAAAAAGUUUCUCUCACAAUUACAAAUUCCCAGCAAGUGCGAAAAUUUACACAGUGGCAGAGCUUCAAGCAGCUACAAACAGUUUUAGUGAGGAUAAUCUUCUUGGAGAGGGAUCUUUGGGUUCUGUCUACAAAGCGGAGCUUCCUGUUGGUCAGAUUUUGGCUGUGAAGAACAUCAACAUGGUUUCAUUGUCUUUCCAUGAAGAAGAACAAUUCUUUGACGUGAUAUGCACUGCAUCCCGGUUGAGGCAUCCGAAUAUUGUAACACUUCUUGGGUACUGCCUAGAACAUGGACAGCAUCUUCUUGUGUAUCAGUAUAUCAGUGAUUUAUCCCUUGACAACAUUCUGCAUAGUCAAGCAUACAAACCAUUGUCCUGGAACCUUCGUCUCUGUAUUGCCCUUGGUGUUGCUCGAGCUUUAGACUAUUUGCACUCCUCAUCACCUCCAGUUGCUCAUAGCAAUAUAAAGGCUGCCAACAUUUUACUUGAUGAAGAACUUAUGCCUCAUCUCUGUGAUUGUGGGUUAGCUGCUUUGAAGCCCCUUGCAAGCAACAGUGUCAAACUUCGGGCUUCUGAAAUUGCUCUUGGGGACACUGGCUACAUUGCACCUGAUCAUGGGCAGCCAGGAAGUGACAACACAAAGAGUGACAUUUUUGCCUUUGGGGUGUUGCUUUUGGAGCUAUUAACUGGAAGGAAACCUUUUGAUGCUUUAAGACCUAGAGAAGAGCAAUCUUUAGUAAAAUGGGCCUCAUCCCAGCUUCAUGAUGGCAAGAGUUUGGAACAGAUGGUUGAUCCAAGCAUCAAGAGGACGCUCUCCUCCAGGUGUCUCUCCCAAUUUGCUGAUGUUGUCUCCCCCUGUAUUCAGUCUGAGAAGGAAUUUCGACCACAGAUAUCUGAAACUGUGGAAUCUCUCACCCGUCUAUUAAAGAGAGUUGCAUCAGCAAAAAGCAGUGUGGCAGAUGGUAUUGAAGUUGAUCCAUUUGAAAGGUCUUUUCGCUCAACCCACACCCGCUUCAUGGCCUCACCCACAGUGAGCUUUUUGUCUGUCUGAUCUCGUAACUAAUCAGCUGAACUGAAGCUGAUUUUGCUUAGGUUGAAUCAUUCUGAAAUCAGUACAGCAGCAUUUUUUUUCUUGUAACUUUUGGAAAUGCUGUGACUAUUAAGCUCAAUUGCUGCUGAGCAUUUCAGGCUAGGGUCACUGAAGGCCACUUCAGUCGUAGCCAGCGUGCUUGAGAAUGUGUUUCUUGUGCGGUAUUUACAGUAGUGAUUUUGAUCCCAUUAGACCAAUUCUCUUUAAGACUUGAAUAGCCAU